GGUGGCCAGUCCCUUGCCACGUCGAACCUCCAGCCAGUCCACCUUGCCUGCUACCGGAGAUCCCCCUUUGUCUUUUUCUUUUCUUUUUUUUCCUUUUUUGCUCUAGGAGCAUUUGAACCCCAAUCAGCAAAGGUUUCCCUCAGCAGUGUGGCAGCAGCGCUGAAUGAAAGAACAGGCAAAUUCAGCAAGGAUUUGGGGAAGAAGAAGCAUCACCUAAUGCAGAAAGAUGCAAAGAAGCGAAACGAGAUCGCCAAGACGCAGAGCUUGGUGAGGAAUGUUGCUUUUCACAGCGGGAAACAGGAAGGAAUGUCACAGAAUCUGCCAAUCAGCGCCUAUCACCUCCGUCUAACCUCUCCCGCUCCUCCUCCUCCUCCACCACCACCACCUCCUCCUCCAUCCCUUCCAUCCCAGCUCACUCAAUCAUCUCCGAUCGGCCCUUUGCGGCAGUCAGACUGCGAAGAUAAGCCAGGCCCCGGAGCCUGGCUGCAAUCACAGUGAGUACGAUUAAGAGUGUGUGUGGUGAUAUAUCUGAUUCUGAUUCUGAGCACAUGAGUAAAGAGUCCUCCACAGCGCUACCCUUCAGCCGCCCGGCCCGCCUGCCCAGUGUUCAGACUACCUGUUCAGGAAGUAGUGGUUGUACAGUAGUCUGCACAUUGGUUAGGCUGGCCGGGGAAGCACAGGACGACUGCCUAAAAAAAGCAGGAUGGGGGGGUAAAAAAAAAAAGUGAGAGCACCCCAAAGGGCAUUCAGCAGGCACAAGCACAUCAGGCUGUGGGAACACGCAGCUGCACCACCCCUCGUCCAUCUGGACCAGCCCGGGCACGAGCCUAAAUAAAGCACCCAAAGGCUCCACCGCAGAAGGCCUAGCCCUCGCCCAGGAUGGAUUUAUGAGUGAUGGAGAAGUCCUAAAAUUUUGAAAGCAGACCCAUCAGGUUGUACUCUUAUUAAGCUAUAUGAUGUUUGUGUAACCAAGACCUCACUCUGGGACUCAGCUUGUGAAAAAUAUUUAAAAAUCGUCACAAU